UUCAUUUGAAUAUUUUCACCCAGACCAAGCAAACAUCCAUUGCCCUGUCCCGUCCACUAGCCUAGAGACCAAAAGACAGUCACUGCGCCCCGCUCACCAUUUUUGCACCCCAGCCUCCCUCUCCCCCUCUCUGUCGAAAGAACCACGUGUCACAGUCUAUCUUACUCGCCGGCCCCUCAUCGUUUUCAGAGAACGCCUUGGCCAUGUCGACGGCCGCACAGACCUCCCACCCGCACCGAUACAUCUCGUCAAAGAGCCGCAUCACGACGUGACAGGCAUGCACGCAGUCGGUGUUGCGGCUGUCCCAAGGCGACCCGGCAGACAGGCGAAACUCCCAGCAUGACAGACGCCCCUGAUGAUACACACAGCACAGAGGGAGGCACACAAGGGGAAAAGCAGCCGAGUGGGUACAUUUCUCUCUCUCUGUGUGUGUGUGGUGGUCCGGUGAUCGACCUGCUCGUAUGGGGGUUUCUGUGUGGGCCAGUACUGCAGGGCGCGCCUGAUGGCCUCCAGCACCGGCGGCUGAGGCACGACGCUCCCCGGCCCCCCCACACGCACCAGGUGUCGGUCAAACAGGCCGACCCAUAUCAGCGGACCAGUGGCUCGUCGGCUGCCGUGGUAAUCAUCGUCCGUCUUUCGUGUGAAGACCAUAAAGGACGUGUCGGCCUCUUUGACGGUCAUGUUGAUGCUGCCGGCGGCCUUGCCCCAUGGCAGCCAGCCCCUCUGCAUGAGGUCCUCCAGGAUGGCCGCCAUCAUGUUGCGCGCCUCGGUGGACGCCAUAUGCCACUUGGAACACCACCUGCACACGGUGGGAGUUGGCAAACAAAAGAAAGGCACACAAGAGAGCACAUGCUUGUUGGGGUGAGGGGUGUGUCUGUGUGUGUGCGGGGUGGGGUGGGGGUGGGGGGGUUGCGUACCAAGGAUUUCCGUUCAUCCGGAACUCCAUGCAGGGGAUGGCCGUGGCCCCCCUGACACUGUCCAUCGUCGACUUGAUGCCUCUCGUCCAAUGCCGCUCAAUGCACGAACGCACUGGUGGAUAGCAACAAGUUCAUGUUCUUGAUCACCCCCUGCGCGCCUGUGGCACGUCGGCCCACUCACCUACAGCAGGUGUGCCCUGGGGCGCAUUGAAGAGCCGCAGUGUGUCGUUGCGGCUCAUGGCCAGGGCCAUGAGAUCCCGCCCGUCGCCCUGGAUGCCCUCACUCUUUCCCAUGACGAGUGUGGAGAGGCCGCAGCUGGUGUUCAGGGAGACUGCACACAGCAGGUCGUAGUUGAGCUGCCACAAAUGGGUCAACAGCCCACACAUCAGCUGACAUACACAGACAGACAGACAGACAGACAGAGAGAUGGGUACAUGGAAAUGCCCCGCAUCUCGGCGGGGCGUACCUGCCGUGCAGUAACAGCCGCGUCUCCGUUCGCAUGCCAUGGCGACCCAUUGAAACGGAAGUCCACCACAUCCGCCGGCUGGCUCCUGCCCGCUAGCAGGCCCGUCCUGUCUGUCCCCUGAACCACAUUCACCUGGCUGUUGGUGUUGGCUCUUCGAUCUUCGCGCUUGAACGAUCCCCCCCAGAACUGCUGGAUGAGCGACGGAAUGGCGUCCACAAGGGCGGGUGGCGCCUGGAUCAGCCGCAAAGUGUCAUUGUCGUUGAGGCCGAUGGCGAAGUAGGGCUCGGUCUGCUGCUGCUGAUGCUGCUGGUGGGACGGUGUGUACGGGGGAGGGGCGACGAUCGGGUAGAGGAACGAAGACGGAUAUUGGUCCUCCUCGGUCGGUUUAUUGAUGUACAUCGGGGGGGCGGAUGGCAGAGGAUCGCGUCGCCUCAAGAUGAUCACGUCCUGCGCCAGCGUGUGCAGCAGGGCCGCCAGCAUCCUGGCGAUGCUCACACGAGUCCCACAACCGUCCUGCAUUAGUCCACACCACACACAGUCACGCUCACACAUACAGAAAGGGACACAUAUGCAACCACCCCUCCCUGCCGCACCGACCGUGUUUGUGCUUCUCCACGGGGUGCUGAACAUCCCACUCCCGAGCUUCAACCUGACAGACACACACUCAUCCAUGUCCACCCGGUGCAAUGACAACUCUGAGGUCUCUCUCUUCCAUUUGCCCACUUGGUGCAUCCCCCGAACUGCUCCACACUGACGUUCCCGCCCUCUGUCCAAUGGGUUCUCACGACAGCGAUGGCUUUCUCGCGCAGCCCGGCCGGGAAGUGCAGCAAGCAAAGGCCUCUGCUUGUCUUGGUGCAUAUGGCGAUGAACGAGGAGGGCUCGGGGGCGGGGGUUAGCAUCACAUCACGACUCACUUUGCCUCCCAUCCUCGCUGAAGGGAAUCACUCAGGCAAUGAAUGAGAUUGCUGAGAUGAUCGGAUGACGGAUUGGAAUGAUGGCCGAAGAAGUCACACACAAGCCAAUGGGGGAAUGAUGAUGGCGAGCAGUUUCACGCAAUGUCCUAGGCAUCUCGGAUCCCCGGUGUCUUUCACCCUCAAUCAAACGCACGACACGCAACGAAUCACCCACGCACGCUCCACAUGCGCAGAGAAACUCAAGGAACACACUCACGAGGUCUCCGACCGGGCAGCCCGCCUCAACAGCCAGGAAGUAAAUUUCCAUUUCGGCCUUGUCGAGCACAUAGACCACCUUCAAGCCGGCCUCCACAUCACCGCCAAUGUCGAAGGCCAACACGUCCGCCAGGCCGAGACGACCGAGGGCCUUGUCGAGGUGCUGCUCAACGCCGUCCAGCAGCACAUCCAU